AUGCUGCGCCCCAAGGCCCUGACACAGGUCCUGAGCCAGUCCAACACCACUAGGGUCCAGAGCACCUUGCUCCUGAAAAAUGAGAGUACGUUUGCCUACUCAGGCUAUGGCACUGAUGCUACGGUCACUGCUGCCAUUGCCAGCAACAUCUGGUUGGCCUACGACAAGAAUGGGCAUCAGGCCUUAAAUGAGGACAAUCUCAAAUUAAUCCUCAUGGACUGCCUGGAGGGGUGAGUGGCCAUCACACAGGUGGCAAACCUGCUACUCUGCAUGUAUACGAAGAAGACAGUUGGAUUUGGGAUGCUGAAGGCCAAGGCACAGGCUCUGGUCCAGAACCUGGAGAAGCUUCUCACACAGGUGGCUGCAUCCUGAGCAUGGAAGCUGAA